UUAAUAAUGAAGUCGAGUAAGUGUAGUACGACUACUGCUGGGGCUCAUUGGGGGGAGUUACCGACCAAGGAAACUCACAAACAGGAAAUAAUCACUCCGGAUGUUAUCGAAAAUAUCUGGAGGCAAGUAAUGGAUGACACAAAGUCGUCGGAAUUCGAUUUUCAAACAGACAACCAAGUGGAAUACUUUCAGUUACCUAACAUUAAUCCACAUGUAUUAAACACCAUCAACCUUCACCAGCGGUUGCGAGAUCUUCUUUCGCAGGAGAAUGGAGGUUCUCCGGGCCCGGCGACGGAAAUCGAUGGACUGCCACUGCUGGAAGUUCGAGAACAGAUGAAUCCAUUUCAUUUUUCAUUUCCGCAUGCAGAGACGGAGACAGACUCAAAAGAUGCAAAAAUACCUGACGAACCUCCAGCUCACCCAACAUACCUAACACCAGAAACAGCACACGGCUUGCUGAGGCAUUCUGUUAUCGUGUUGUUGGCUCAUACUGGUUUCGAAAAUUCUUCCGAUAUUGCCAUCGAAGCAGUAACAGAUAUCGCGGAUCAAUUCCUCAAACGUAUGACAAGGCUACUCAAACUCGCAGCGGAGCAGGAUAAAUGCGGGUUCCCUGAUGCUGUUGAACGUGUCCUGUAUGAAACAGGCAUCGGUGGAGCUCAAUCUCUGCAUGAUUAUUAUCAGGAAAAUGUACUGAGGUUUGAAAUGAAUAUGAAACAGACCGUUGAAAGAGCGGAAGUAGAGCGAAAGGAAAUGGAACUCGACGCUGGAAGUAGCAGGAUGGAACAAAACGACGGCUUUGGUGGUGUAAGUUUUGACGAACUUGACGCAUUCGGGAAAGUAUGCAGAGAAGUGCCGACUUUGCAGCUGCUGGAUCCUGACUUAGGCUUUCCCCCCAGUCUUGACGCUGGAUUUCAAAUGCUUCAUAGCCUCGAGCAAGAAGGCUUGGAGGUCGAGGAAGAAGAGGUGAAUGUUAGCGACUCUCCAAAUUCGUCUCGUCAACGGCAGUCUGAAACUUUGAGCGAUAAAAGAAAGAAAGUGUGACUAACUGUCCUUCUACAACAUAAAUCUAAAGUUACUUUGAACAUCAAGAAUGAAGAAAAAUCAUACGCGAAUACUAAAGUCUUGUUUGCUACUGUAUAAAUUUAAUACCAUCAGUUAAUAUUCUCUCUUUGUAAAGAAUGAAUAUAAGUUCUCAUUUUUUACCA